AUGCAACAAAACAUUACAAUUCAAUACAUCAUUGUUUUGACUCAAUUGUCACAACUAAGUGACCACUAAAUUAUCACUCAAUGACCACUCAAUGACCACUCAAUGACCACUCAAUGACCGCUUUUGACUACCAUUUAACACAAGAAACCAUGGAUGACAACAAUGAUGAUAAAACAAUACCGAUAGACAAUCAUGUUAUUAGUGAUUAUGUCGAUGACUUAGAUGUGAUGCAAGUAAUUGACAGCAAAGAAAUUAUCACCGAAUUGGUCAACAAUGAUGACCCGAGAUUGACAUUUAUAUCGCCCGAGAGGGCCAAGAGUGAGGCCUGGAGUAAAUACCAGAGGAUCUACUUUAAGGAUAUUGAAACAAAUUAUGUUAAAUGUAUUGUUUGUAAUGAUAUCAAAAAACAGACCAAAUAUUUAGGAACCGCUACUCUAUUGAAGCAUAAAUGCGUGAAAACAUAUAAACCAUUGUUUGAAGAUCACAGCGAAGUCAAAGAGAUAUAUAAUGAUAAACAAUAUCUCAUUGAACUCAUAAAAACAUCAGACGAAAGGUUAUCAUUUGAGCCAAAAACUGGCAAAAGUCAAGUCUGGACUCGUUUUGAACGCAUUGUCUUCAAUCAAAAGGCAACACUUUAUGUCAAAUGUAUGUUUUGUAAUGAUAUUCUCAAGAAUACACAAAACACUGGAACUGCUUCUCUAUUGAAGCAUAAGUGUAGAAGUGAUGACAACACUACUGGUGUUCGACACCGACGGUCGAAGAAAAAGACGCCUAAAAUUAAUUUUAAAGAUUUUUUAUUAUCAAAGAAAUGUAAAACAAUUGAAGACAAAAUUCGUAUUGAAAAUCAAACUCUUCAGUUGAUUAUUAAGAAGUGUUUGGAAGUUAUGGACAGAUGUUUAUGUGUUGACAAUAGUAUCACAAUUGAUAAAAAACGAAUCAAUGUUUUACUUAACGCUUAUAAUGAAUGGCUCUCUGAUAAUCAAGAUUUAGAUGAUUUAGGAGAUAAUAUUAAUGGUAAUAAUUUUAUUGAUUUAUUUGACAAUUGUCUCAUUGAUGAACCGUUUCGGGGUAUUAAUGAUAUUGAGUUGAGUUUAGAUGAUCCCGAUUAUAGUCCACAAUUAGUAUCUAAGUCUUCGACAGUGUUUCGUACGAAACAAAUAAAAACAAAAAUACAGAGCAGUUCUGUAAUUGCAUCGAAUUUAGUCAAAAGAAAAUAUCAACGAAACAACACAUCCGUGACAAUCAAAUGCGAUUGGCCUGAAUGUGAACAAGUGUUUAACAACAGUUAUCAUCUGAAUCUACAUCGAAAUAAACAUCUGGGUAUCUUUAAAUACAAGUGCUGUUGGCCAGGUUGUGAAGAAUCGUUUCCCAAGAAAAUCAAAUAUGAAGUACACAUGAGUUUACAUACAAAUGAAAAACAAUAUAAAUGUAAUUUUAAUGGAUGUCAAUAUGAAACCUGUCGUAAAGCACUUCUUCAACGACAUUAUUUUAUUCAUACGGGAGAGAAGCCAUUCAAGUGUGAUUGGCCCGGAUGUGAGUUUCGGACGUCCAGUAAAAAUGGUUUAAGACAUCAUAACUAUAGACACACCGGAGAAAAACCAUGGAAAUGUAAAUGGGUUAAUAAUGAUGGCACAAAAUGUGAAUGGUCAUUUAGACAAAAGACACACUUGAAGGCACAUAUGCUUAAGCAUACGGGUGACCGACCGUAUCAAUGUGAAUGGCCACACGGCAACUGUGAACGUCGGUUCGCAUCCCGACAGGCCAUGAGAUUUCAUUCGGAAAAGUUUCAUAAUUAUAUCAUUCCUAUGAAGUAAAUCACAAUCUGAUCUUUCAAUCAUCAAAAUC